AUGCAAACACCAAAAGCAAGACCUGCAUCACUGGAUGUUCCUCACAAGGUGUCUCCUGCCACACCUCGGACAGCCCGGAAGCUCAAAGCUCCAGGAUCUGAAUCUGAUCCUGGUCCGUCUCCAAAUCCAGCAAGCAAAACUCCGAAAGAUAGAGGUUCCAAGGUUGUUGAUCGUCGAUCACCACGGACUCCAGCAACUGAGAAGAAGCGACCAAACCGAGUCUCUGAAUUGGAGACCCAGCUUGCUCAGCUCCAAGAGGAACUGAGCAAUUCAAAGGAUCAGCUGAACUCGUCCGAAUCUUGGAAGAGGAGGGCUCAGCAGGAGACCGAGGAAGCUAAGAAGCAACUUGCUGCCAUGUCAUCAAAACUCGAGGAGACUGAGAAGCAACUGGUCGAGAUUUCUGAUUCUGAAGAUUCUCGUAUCCAAGAAUUGCGCAAGAUCUCUCAGGAUCGAGACAGAGCAUGGCAGUCUGAACUGGAGGCUGUCCAGAAGCAGCACUCGAUGGACUCUGCCGCUUUGGCUUCUGCAAUGCAUGAGAUACAGAGGCUCAGGAUUCAACUGGACCGAAUGGCUGAAGCGGAAGCUGCCCAGGCCAGACGUGCAGAGUCAGCUCACACUGAAGUUCAAAACUUGAGAAUGGAACUCGAGAAAACCAUUGAUUUUGUUGAAGAAUUGAAGAGCCAGCUAAGUAAUAAUAAAGAAUCUGAAGCUCAGGCGCUUGAAGAACUUGCUAGAGCCCAAAUGCAACUGGAAGUGGUGAAGACUACUGAGGAAACAGUACGCUCUGAACAUGUCAAUACUGUGGAAUCAUAUAAAUCUUUGGUAUUGGAGUUGGAGCAAUCAAAGAAUAGAUUAAAUUCUCUGGAGGAACUUGUUGGCAAACUCCGGGCUGAUCUAGACAACAACAAGAAGAUAACAGAUCCUCCGAGCAAUGAUGAUAACAUCUCUUCUGUGGACAAAGAUCAUAAUGAAUCAGAUCUGCUGAAAACUGAACUUCUCAAUUUGAAACUGGAAGGAAGUCAACUAAAAGCUGCACUAGAGGCUGCUGAAAGAAGAUAUCAGGAAGAAUAUAUUCAGAGCACAUUGCAGAUUAGAAAUGCUUAUGAACUUGUGGAGCAAGCAAAAAUGGACUCAAGUGAAAGAGAAGCUGAACUAGAGACAAAGCUAAAAGUAUCUAGAGCUGACGUUGAGGAAUUGAAGGCAAAGCUGAUUGAAAAAGAAAAUGCUUUGCAAAGUAUUUUGUUUGCGAAAAAAGGGUCAAAUCUUAAGGUUGAAGAAGACCAGCCAACGAAAAAAGAGACUGAACUUGAAAUUGAGCUGAAGAAAUCAGAGUUGGUUUUAGCAGACAUGAAGGCAAGUUUAUCUUGUAAAGAGAGACAGUUGCAGUGCAUAAGAGAGGAAAAUGAGAUGCUGAAGUCUGAAAUCAUGAAAACUGAAGUAGAAAGAAGCAAAGCAAAUGACGAGGCUCUUGUUGUGGCAGAAGAAGCACGUGCUGCAGAGCGAGAGGCCUUAAUGAAGCUUGGAUAUUUAACAGAGGAAGCAGAUAAAAAUAGUCGAAAAGCAGCACGGGUCGCUGAGCAGCUCGAUGCAGCACAGGUUUCAAAUUCUGAGAUGGAAGCUGAACUGAGGAGAUUAAAGGUGCAGGCAGACCAGUGGAGGAAGGCUGCUGAGGCAGCCACUGCAAUGCUCUCAACUGGUAACAAUGGCAAAUUUGUCGAGAGGACGGGUUCUUUGGGUUACCACACCAUUGGUGGAAAGGCCAGAAAUAGAUUAAACAUUCGACAGGCAGGUUGGUCGUGCGUACCGACCGAGACACUCAGAGAGCUCCUGUUGAAAUGGUUUUACACUUCAACUAGGCGGCUCCUCUUCUCCUCCAAUCCCUCAAACCCUAGGCUAGAACUUUAUUCAGUUCAAUCUGCAAUCAUGGGGAAGACACGUGGUAUGGGAGCUGGUCGCAAGCUGAAGUCCCACCGCAGAAGACAGAGGUGGGCUGACAAGGCCUAUAAGAAAUCCCAUCUUGGGAAUGAAUGGAAGAAACCAUUCGCUGGGUCAUCGCAUGCAAAGGGCAUUGUGCUCGAGAAGAUAGGUAUUGAAGCUAAACAGCCCAACUCUGCUAUUCGUAAAUGUGCUAGGGUUCACCUCAUUAAGAAUGGCAAGAAGAUUGCUGCUUUUGUCCCCAAUGAUGGUUAUUUUUUAUUUCUAUUACCUUUUGUCAUUGACAGAGGUAUUGAAGCUAAACAGCCCACCUCUGCUAGUCGUAAAUGUGCUAGGGUUCAACUCAUUAAGAAUGGCAAGAAGAUUGCUGCUUUUGUCCCCAAUGAUGGUUGUUUAAACUACAUCGAAGAAAAUGAUGAAGUUUUGAUUGCUGGAUUUGGACGUAAGGGACAUGCUGUGGGGGAUAUUCCCGGUGUUAGAUUCAAGGUGGUGAAGGUAUCUGGUGUUUCCCUCCUGGCCCUCUUCAAGGAGAAAAAGGAAAAGCCAAGGUCUUAG